AUGAGUCUUCAACCGAAUAUCGACCAUGCUACAAUAACGAGUCGACUUCACAGUCAACACCAAAAUGCUAACACAAUAUCACAUUUAUCACAGGAAACACCAUUGCCUUUUAAGAAAUAUACAAAGAAGAGGUCAUGGGUAUGGGAUUGGUUUGAACAAGAUCCUGAUAAUAAAUACAGGGCCGUUUGUUUAUACUGCCAUCAAGAAAUAUUCCGAUUAGAUGGAGACAGAGGAUCGCCAAAGAAAUUGAUUACACAUGUAAAUUCAAAACAUGGAAUUAAUAAAGACAAUUUUGCGGGCGAAGAGUUGUUUAAAAUAAGAUUAGAGAAAUUGAAAACGUAUGUCAAUACUUUUGGACCCUUGGUUACAAAUCGAGGUGAUGCCAUUGUUUACGGAAUAAUGAAUCUGGGUAUUCAGGCUAUGACAACAGUUCCAACUAUAUCGUCAUCUGUUUCUGGUCCUAGUGCUGCAAGUGCAAGUCCUCCUCGGCACAAUAGCUACCCAUCAGACUCAAUUGGAAUGAUUGUGGGGGAGACCCGACCCCAGCUCCCAGUAAUUACAAAACCUACGAACCAAGAUAUACAGCCUCAAACUUUGUCUAAACCACCAUUAGCUGAAGCGACCAAUAUACCACGAUCCGAACCAAAGGAGCCUCCUAUGGAUAUCAAUGUAAUUGACCCUUCGCUCAGCUCAAGUUUCCAUGAGAGACAAAUAGAUUCAAACUUUAAUAACUUGUCCCAUAAAUCGAAGAAACAGGAAGAGCUUGAGAAAUACAAUAAUUUAAUCACUAAUCACAAUAGACAAGUUGAAGAGUACAACAAAGCUGCAGUUAUUGCAAAUGACAGAAAUAUGCAUCCAUGCGAAAGUCUAUCGAACGAUUCAGAACUGAGGCAAACACACGAAAACUAUAUGUUUAAGUCGCAGAGACUAUUCAUGCCAUUGGGUACUGGUCGAGAAACUAAGGAAGGAAACAGAUGUAAAUAUGCCCUUGAAGAGUUUAUUAUGAAGAAUUCUGAGUGUUUUAACAAUCUAUUAUUUAUCGAAAGUGACAGCUUCAAACAAUUUGUCAAUGCUUUACGAGACCACCCUAAUGAUUCUAUAUAG